AUGGACUCCCAGUGGAUGCCCCCAAAAGUGCCUAGCGCAUUACCUCUAGGCAAGGCUAAUAUCUACCCCUUGGAUGAACCGCAUGCUGUCAGUUGUUCGCUCCCAACAUGGGAUUCAGUAUUCGGUUUCUGUCGACAAGAGGAGUGGGUGAUGAAGCAUGUGGAAUGGAACUAUCCACGAUUCUACAUCAACAAGCCUCUACGUGACUUAUCCGCCGCCGUCUUGCACCGACUCCAAAUUACCGAUGAAAACAUCACCUGCCUGCUUUUUGCGUCUCCUUUGGAUGCUCAGCAAUGCAUCGCAUCGUUCAGCAAAGCAGCGCCCCGAAAAGAAACCUGCCAUUUUUUUAUACCCGGAUCAAACCACUGGGCCAGCUUUUCGGCAGCAAUAUUCUCAUCGGACCUCAUUGAAGAAGCAAUGGCUUUCUGGUGGAAUACCGGCUCGGGUUUAUCCACGCGUCAUGCAGCCUUUUGUCUGCAAAGAUUCGACAAUGUGGCAUCCGAUUCCUCGAAUCCAGACUUUCAAACCAGCGCCUCUCGACAACGGGAUCCAGACAGGCCAGGAGAUGCUGCAUGGAUGCAUUCCGCAGCGACCACUAUGCUCGAUCUGAAAUCGUUCAUCGCACAGCUAGCCACUUCCGAGAAAUCAGGACAACUACCCGCGUCCCCCAAUGAUGUAUUCCUAUUCCCCACAGGAAUGAACGCCAUCUACACGCUCUCAAACACCCUGUCCUACAUGGAAACCAGCCCUACAGUCGUUGCAUAUGGCUGGCUCUACCCCGAAACAGUCGACGUUCUCCGCAGCGGCCGCUGGGAAACCGUCCUCUCCUACAAAGCCGGCGACGACGCAGACCUCGAUGCCCUAGAGAACGUCCUGAAAUCCGGACGCCGGGUCCACGCUCUCUUCUGCGAAUUACCGAGUAACGUCACUCUAGCAUGCCCUAAUAUCCACCGGAUCCGCAUGCUGGCAGAUCAAUAUGGGUUUAUUGUGGCGUGUGAUAAUACCGUGGCUGGAUUUGUUAAUAUCGAUAUACUUCCGUACGUGGAUGUUGUAAUGACGAGUUUGACCAAGGGGUUUAAUGGUGCUUCGAACGUGACGGGUGGGAGCCUCGUGAUAAACCCUACCUCACCCCACCACCCCAAAAUCCACAACGCCGUCUCAACAACCCACACAAACACCUGCUUCCCCCUCGACAUCCACACUCUCCUAACAAACAGCACAACCCUGCAUCAACGCACAAAAACAGCAAACAAAAACACCCUUGCCCUCCUCCCGCUCAUAACGUCCCACCCAGCCAUCAAAACAGUCAACCACCCCUCCAUCCACCCAACCGCAGGGAUAUACAACUCGCUACGCAAAACCACCACCCCCGCUACCACUAACGCUGAGAUCGAUGGCCACUAUGGCAAUGUGCUCAGCAUAAUCUUCCACAACCCGUCUUCUGCAGAAGCAUUCUACAACGCGUUGGAUGUAAACAAGGGCACGAGUUUCGGGACGAAUUUCACAAUUGCUGUUCCGUAUGUCGUGCUGGCGAAUUUCUAUACCAGGAACAAAGUCGCGGCGUAUGGGCUGUCCGAGCAUGUUAUCAGGGUUAGUGUUGGGAUUGAGGAUAUUAGUGGUAUUUCGGGUAGGUUUGCGGAGGCGUUGAGGAUUGUUGAGAGAGGUGGUGGAUGA